AUGACAGCGUCGGUUCCGCCUAUAGCUUGGUUCACUGUAACGGGAACUCAGGACGUAUUUCGUACUAGUUCCCUCACGGGUAAAAGGCGCCACUCAACGUUCGCGCCGGCUAUCUCGCUGCAAGCCGACUCGUGCUCAGAAAGCCACGAUCAAUUACUUCCUCACUCGUCUGCUCGUCUUAGUGGAAGUGGAUUAUAUUUGCAUCUCGGCAUGACUCUCGGAAAGAACAUAGGCGCACGGGACGUAUCGAUGUAA